UCGCGAGCCGCCGCCUGAAGCAGCAGCCUAACCAGAACCACAUUUCAAUUUUCAGAUCCAUCCACCUUGCCUCUUUUCAUCCCACCUCCGCCGCACCCACAAUCGUAGUUCUCUAAAAGCUAGGGUUUCUAUCUAGGGAACAGUGUCGUCCUAGGGACUGUCUAGUUGCUUGUCCCGCUAACGAGCCUUCGAUUCGAACACCAAGUAGCCAUGUCGCGGCCAUACAGUCCCGAGCGGGGUUACAGCCCGGAGCCGCGGUCGAGGGCCCGGCGGGCGAGGUCCCCCGCCGGACAGAGACAGGAGCCGCAGCCCGCCGCCGUACAGACGGGGACCGCCGCCGCGGAAAGAGCGCGUCAGCCUGCUCGUUCAGGAACAUUCCGAGAGAUACCAGGCCAGAGGAUCUGCGCGUGCCUUUUGAGCGCUACGGACCGAUUAAGGAUGUCUACCUUCCGAAGGACUACCCAUACAGGCUUAUGCUGCUUGCCACGCCGCUCAAUUUUAAGCUUUUGCGGGUUUUUGGGAAUUACGGCAGGGAAGGGAAGAGGCAAAUUGUUAUUUGGUCAAGCUUUCAAGUCUCAGAAGUUCGCAAGGCUGGAAAGAUGAGCUUGAAGCGAAGCCAAGCGAAGCCAAGCCAAGCCAAGCGAAGUUACGGAGUUACCAGGAAUUAAUUCUUGCUGAUUUGAAGCGAAACCUAGAAGGGCAAUCGAAGAGAGGAGAGGCUUGCACAAGCGAAGUGACACGAAGGGCCAAGCCAUGCAGGGUCGAUGCGUUCGGUUCAUGGCGGUUCAUGGCGGUUGAGGCGUGAAUCAAGGACGUCAGAGGCAGGUUGCAUGUCACGAUUUGACAUGGCAGGGAACCACGAGGCUUCGGAUUUGUGCAGUUCGUGAACAUGGCGGACGCGGAGGACGCGCAGUACGAGCUGGACCGCACCAACUUCAACGGCCGGGAGAUCACGGUGGUUUUCGCGGAGGAGAAUCGCAAGAAGCCCGACGAGAUGCGCACGCGCGAGCGGUACAGCGACCGGGACCGGCCAUCAUACGGAAGACGUCGGGGGCUAUUCGCGGUCGCGUUCUCGCUCGCCUCCCCGGUCGUCGCUCCUCGUACUCGCCUCCUCCCGCCGUCGCUCUCGCUCUCCUCCCCCCGCCGCAGCGGCCCUCCCCGCAGGUCCCCCAGCUGCUCCAAUGACGACCGCAGCUACAGCCGCUCGCCCUCUCCCCGCGGCCGUGCGCGCUCCCCGCCCCGCGGCCCACCUUCCAGGGGCCCAGCUGGCAGUGGAGGGGCAGGUGGGGUAGGCAGACCUGCCAGGGAGGACUAGAUGACAGGGACGGUUGACCGAGUCAGUGCGGGUGGUCCAGUGCACUUUAUCCACUGUUGGGACUGGAAAAUCUAGGGAGAUGUGGAGAUUGUAUGUGAGGGUUGCAAAUAGUUCUGUGCAAUGUUUGUGUCGGCUGAGGUUGCAUAAAUGAGUUAGCUUUUGUGAGAAGAGGAGAACACUUGUUGGUGUGGUGGGG